CUCAGCCUUCUGCCGAACCAAAAUCUGAUAGGACCCUCAAAUAGCUCUGGCACGCUAUUCUGUUUAUUUUGGAUUUAAUGAAUGCUUAUUUCUGUGAAAGCUAAUCUAAUUAUUUUCUCCUUUUAUUUUGCUACACAAGUCAUAAGAAGCAGCAGCUUGAAACCAGAUAACAGCUGAAGAACCAAAAUAUGGCCAGUAAUCACUGCCAUUACUGCAUGGAAUCCCUUCUUGGCAGGAGGUAUGCAUUCAGAGAAGAGAAUUCUUACUGUGUUACAUGUUAUGAUGGCCUAUUUGCUAACUCCUGUGAAGAAUGCAAGAAGCCCAUUGAAUGUGAUGCCAAGGAUCUCGCCUAUAAAGGCCGUCACUGGCAUGAAGCGUGCUUCAAGUGUGCCAAAUGCAAUCGCUCUUUGGUGGAAAAGCCUUUUGCUGCCAAGGAUGAGCUCUUGCUGUGUACUCAGUGUUAUUCUAAUGAGUAUUCAUCAAAGUGCUUCCACUGUCAGAAGGUCAUUAUGCCUGGGUCUCGUAAAAUGGAAUUUAAAGGAAGUUGCUGGCAUGAAACCUGUUUUGUUUGUCAGUACUGCCGGCAACCAUUAGGAACAAACCCUUUGAUUACCAAAGACAAUGAGAAUUAUUGUGUGCCAUGUUUUGAGAAGCAGUUUGCUCACCACUGCUACUCCUGCAAGAAGAUGAUAACUACUGGUGGAGUGACAUACCACGACCAGUCAUGGCACAAAGAAUGCUUUCUGUGUGCUGGAUGUAAGAAGCAGCUGUCAGGGCAAAAGUUCAUUUCCAAAGAUGAUCAUCCAUACUGCCUAGACUGCUUCAGAAAGCUUUAUGCAAAGAAGUGUGCAGCCUGUAACAAACCCAUUACUGCUCUUGGAGGUGCCAAAUUUAUCUCAUUUGAAGAGCGCCAGUGGCACAGUGACUGCUUUAAUUGUGUGAAAUGUUCCAUUUCGCUGGUGGGACAUGGAUUUCUCACCCAGCAAGAUGACAUCCUCUGUCGUGAAUGUGGUUCGGCUGCAUAGUUAGCGAGAGACGCAUUAUUCUCGCAUGCUGUAACCAAGUACUUCCUUACCCUGCAGUCAGAAAUUCAUUUAAAGUCCAUAAGAGUUAUUUAAUCAUUCAAGUUGCUUUCCAACAGCAGUUCAGUUCUGUCACAGUGCUCAGCUGCUACAUGCAUGCCUUAUAUCUUGUAAAAAGAUUUUUACACAGUUCUGGUUAAGAAAACAUUUCCAAAGAAAUUUCUAUAUAUAUAUAUAUUUUAAUGGAGAUACAGUAUGUGUGUCCUUGUAAAACAGUGCACUCUGCUAUUGGGAGCUUUAGCAUUUUAUAUUAUAUAAUCUAAGAAUGACUAUGAAAAAUCUGUAUUUGGAAGACAUAAUAGAUGAUCUCAUUGAAGAAAACUUAUACCAGUACUCUACUGAUGCAGACACUCAGGUGGAAAGUGGUGGUGGUGCAUUCCCCACUGGGCCACAAUAUUUAAUCUGAACAAUGUCCCCCUUCUCUCUGUGCCUCAAGGCUGCUGGGCAGACAAAGGAGGCUGCUGCCAAAGCAGUCAUUUCGCUACGUGCAGACGGUAGGGGGUUGUUGUACAGAAAGGAGACUCCAGAGGGGGUGCUACUUCUCCACCUUGAAAGACAGAAAGGAGUAGGAGAAAUGGCUGCCCACCAGCAGAGAGAGUCAAGAGUCCACUCCAUGGCCAAGAGGGUGAGGUGAGGGGACAGAAGGCCGUUUCCUCCAUAAUUUACACCGCUGGAUACACUAUAGGGCAAUUAAAAAGCUGUAUAAUCUUUGCUCCAAGUUGCAAGUCAGAAUUCCUUCGCACCACACUAUGCUUAAUCAACGACCUACUCACUUUUUCCAGUUCUCUGAUUCUCAGUAUACUGAAUGUUAACUAAGCAGUUUGCAAAAAUGUGGGGCUUAGCCAAGCAAUUAAUUAUGUCCAUAUUGCAUAUUUCCACUACAUGCAUCCAACGAAGUGGGUAUUUACCCACAAAAGCUCAUGCUCCAAUACGACUGUUAGUCUAUAAGGUGCCACAGGACUGUCUGCUGCUUUUACAGAUCCAGACUAACAUGGCUACCCCUCUGAUACUAUUCAUAGAUUGUUUUUGGAAAAAGUGUCUGUAAGUGACAUUUUCAUUACUUCCACUUCAUGAUUGCUCGUAGUAACAAAUUUCUGUUUAUCUAUUAGGACACAUUACUAAGAACUACAUAUAAAUUGAAUAACAUGGGGGAGAAAGAUUUCUUUACAUUUUUUCAUGCAUUAUGAUUAAGGAAAGGAGGAAUUGCCAGACUGUAUCAGAUCAAUGGGCCCAUCUAAUUCAAUAUCUCAACUCCAGCAGUAGCCAGCACCAACUGCUCCAGAUGAAGAUGCAAGAAAAUCCAGGGUGCACAAUUAUAGUGUAUGUUGCCCAUCCUGGUAAUUUCUUACUAAUAAACUACCACCAGGGCACGCCCUGGACUAAAUGGCACCCCAGGCAAAGUGCCCCCCUCUCCCUUGAUUUUUUAAAUUUUUAAUACCUUAUUUUUUUAUUGCAUAUGUAGCCCAUUUCACAACUUUGAUGCACAAUUUCCAUGUAUGAUUUAUCCCUGUCAUAUAAGACAAUAAAUUUGCAUGCUAGGAUCUCUAAAUCUAUAUUUAUUCCUGCCAUGUAUAAGCAAAUAAAAAUCAUUUCCUCUAAUCUUAUAGAAUCUUUUUAAUUUUAAGAAUAAUUGAAAUGUACUAACUUCAAGAAAUUGAAUUGUGCACCAACACUGGGUGGACCAGUAUUAAAUAAUGUUACAGUAGGUGACAGCCUUAGAAUGUUAACUCUAGUCCUUUAGUACAAAAGGUUGCUUCUCUUACCUUUGCCUUCCCAAACUGAAGCACCGUGCCAGAGAGCUCCAAAGACUGGCCAAUGGCAUUUUUAAGCAAUAGAAUAGCAAGCGAUGUGUCUGUCGUCAGCCAUCAUUGAUCAAAGAUAUGUUUUAAUAAGAUUGAGCUUCAAAAAGCUUCACUUACCACUAACAACUAAUAUCACAGCUAGGCCCUCACUUCACUUCACUUUGUUCUUAUACCUCACUGACUGACUGGCAAUACCCCACCCCUUAUAUACCCCCUCAAGGACAUGGCUGACAACAUUCUAGAAAGUUCAAGGAAAAUGUAGUUAUCAGAAAGUCUGUAAGGUUCCAUGAGAUUGUAUAAAGGUCCAGAAGAGUCUAGAACAGGGGUCGGCAACCUCUGGCAUGUGGCUCGCCAGGGUAAGCACCCUAGAGGGCCGGGCCAGUUUGUUUACCUGCCUUGUCUGCAGGUUUGGCCAAUCGUGGCUCCCACUGGCCGCGGUUCACCGCUCCAGGACAAUGGGGGCAGCGGGAAGCCGUGGCCAGCACAUCCCUCAGCCCGUGCCACUUCCUGCAGCCCCCAUUGGCCUGGAGCCAGGGGUGGCUCUAGGCCUUUUGCCGCCCCAAGUA